GGGGAGCACGGACAGCAAGGAGAUUAUCCCUCGGGCUAUUAUCCAAGCGAUCGCUUCCAUCUUUUCACAUUUUUACCCCUGUGGGACAAAAUGGCUUUGACCCAGGAAUGCAUUUUGUCUUUUCUACUGGAGCACGGAGGCAAAGUGAAGAACUCGGAGCUGCUGAACAACUUCAGGAGCCAGAUCAGCUGCAGUGAUCCCGCGGAAAAGCAGCACAAUAGGGACCUUUUCAAAAAGUUGGUCAACAGCGUCGCUGUGGUGAAGCAGAUCGACGAGGUAAAGUUCGUGGUUGUGAAGAAGAGGUACCAGGACUUUGUCAAUAAAGAGGUGGCGCAUGAUGCCUCGCAGAAAACACAGAUGGAUGACAGUGUCUCGAGCCAAAACACGAGCUUUUCGUACACAUCUCCUCCCCGAGCCGAGCCAGCCAGCGUGAUUUAUUCUGACAUCGAGAACAAUAAUGUGUGCGGCCCCACGAACAUAAAUGGGAAUUAUUAUAGUGAUGUUAAACGUGCGCCUGCGAGGAGCACGCAGGAAAGGAGACCGUUAUCGAGAAGCAUUAGUAGUGCGGAUGCAACUACUGUUAAAGUCCUGAAUAUCUCGGGAGAUCAAGCGAGCAGAGCAAGGAAAUCUGGUGCUGUGUUUGCUGUCAUAGCAGUCAAAUCCCCUCAGAGAGACUCUGCACCAGCAGCACAGCAUGGGUCACAUUCCCAACUACACCCGCAUACAACUUCAGACAAACCAGUUAGGUUGAUAACUAAAGUUUCCGCACCAUCAGUGCCAACUCUGGAUCAUACAGCUUGCAAGUUGGGUGCACCAAGUGACUCCCAGUGUAAAAACAGACAGACUGAGGACAUGCAACCCCCAGGCUUCCCCCUGGUGAGGCCCCAGAACAAGAGAGAUGAUGCAAAGUAUUCAGAGUCUGUGCCUUUGGAGCCACUAGCUCAUGAGUGGUUGGUGAAGUGUGCAGCCGGACUGUGGGGACAGAUCUAUGGUUUGCUGCUGCAGGACACACGGUUGGCGCAGAAGAAGGACUUCAUGUCAGGUUUCACAGCUCUGCACUGGGCUGCCAAGGACGGCAACAGUGAGAUGAUACACAAGCUUGUGGAUAUCUCAAGAAAAACAGGCACUCAUGUGAACAUCAACAGCAAAGCGCAUGGAGGAUACACACCCUUACACAUCGCAGCCAUGCACGGCCACACUGAAGUCAUGGUUUUGCUUGUGCAAAGCUACGGAGCCAGUAUAAAUGAGAGAGAUAAUGACGGCAAGAAGGCCUUUCACUACCUCGGCAAAGGUGUGUCAGCUGAGGUCAGAGCACUUAUGGGAGGACUGCAGCGGAGCAAGUGCAGGGAGAAGGCAGAGGAUGGAGAAGACAGAGAGCACCAGAAGGGCUUCAACACAAUUAGUAAACUGUUCCAGCCUCACAUAGGGAAGAAACAAAAAACUAAGCUGGCUCAUGACUGGUGACAACAACGUGGAUCACAGGAGAAGCUGUGAGAUGGACAAUAUUUAACAGAUCUUAGUUUGUAUAUUAUGUUAAUAUAAAACAGCGUAAACCAUUGUCUAUCCUUUAGUGUGUACUUGCAUUGAAUGUGUAGCCUCUCUUGUACAGUGUAUCACUGUUAGAUGUGCUAUUUAAAUAUGGUAUUGAUAAUUUAAUCAUCUUUUUUUCCAUAGUUUAAUCACAUGUAUGAACAAUGAGUAUGCUAUUUUGAACCCAUAUAAUUUAUAUUUCUUACUGAUAACACAAUCAGUGAUAU